AUGUCAUUCUCUCUCUCUCUCUCUUUCUCUGUCCUUGAAGCACCUUUUUUUUUGUUUUGCUUUUAGCUGAUAAGGCUGCUUUCUAUUUAGUUUAGGAGGCCAAGGCCGCCACUCCUAGGAUUUAUGGUCGUUGACAGUGUUUUGUUUUUCACUUUGUGGGUUAAGGGACAAUUGAUGAUAUUAUUUACUGGGUCGAGCUUUGAAUUUGAGUUCUGGUUUUUUUGAUUAUUGAGGAUGUUACUCCACUGUGAUCCUAAUGAUGGAGAAGGCAGCUUGAAGCUUGUGGAGGACCUAACAACAAAUGCGAAUGAAGUGCAACAACAGAUACUGGAGGAGAUACUAACUCAAAAUGCAGAUACAGAGUAUCUAAAGAGCUUUCUCGGAGGCUGCUUUGAUAAGGAGCAAUUCAAGAACAAAGUCCCCAUUGUAACUUACGAGGACAUCAAGCCCUAUAUUGAGCGAAUAGCUAACGGGGAGGCAUCAAGGAUCAUUUCAUCACAACAAAUAACAGAACUCCUCACAAGCUCUGGAACUUCUGGAGGACAACCAAAGAUUAUGCCGUCCACUGCCCAAGACUUGGAUAGGAAGACCUUCUUAUAUAACCUGCUGGUGCCUGUCAUGAACCAGUAUGUAGAUGGCCUGGACCAAGGAAAAGGGAUGUACCUCCUGUUUAUCAAACCAGAAAUCAGAACUCCCUCUGGUUUGAUGGCAAGGCCAGUACUAACCAGCUACUACAAAAGCUGUAACUUCAGAAACCGCCCUUUCAACAGGUUCAAUGUCUACACCAGCCCGGAUGAAACCAUCCUGUGUUCGGAUUGCAGACAAAGCAUGUACUGCCAAUUAUUAUGCGGUCUGAUUCAGAGAGAUGAGGUCCUUCGGGUGGGCGCAGUUUUUGCAUCAGCAUUGUUACGAGCUAUCAAAUUCUUGGAGGAUUAUUGGCAGGAGCUAUGUUCAAACAUCAGGACGGGUCAUGUGAGUGAUUGGAUUACAGACCCAGGUUGCAGAAAUGCUGUUUCUGACAUUCUAAGGCAACCCAAUUCAGAACUGGCUCAUCUGAUUGAAUCCGAAUGUAUUGGGAAUGGGAAAUCAUGGGAAGGGAUAAUUAAGAGGUUGUGGCCUAGAACAAAGUACGUGGACGUUAUAGUUACAGGGUCCAUGGCGCAGUAUAUCCCAACGCUUGAUUUCUACAGUGGGGGCCUGCCUCUUGUUUCAACUAUGUACGCUUCAUCAGAGUGCUACUUUGGGAUCAAUCUCAAGCCUCUGAGUGAACCAUCGGAUGUCUCCUACACCCUCCUCCCUAACAUGGCCUACUUUGAGUUUCUUCCUGUAGAGAGAAACCACGAUCAAGCUGCAGUGACACAAGGAAUCCAAUGCAAUGGCGGGGGUUCAGAUCGGAAUGGCUUAAGAAGGGAGGAAGAAGAAGAAGAAGAAGAAGAAGAAGAAGAGGAGGAGGAGGAGGCCGUUGAUCUUGUACAAGUGAAGCCCGGUCACUAUUAUGAACUUGUGGUCACCACUUUUACUGGCCUUUACAGAUACAGAGUGGGAGAUAUUCUAAAGGUAACAGGGUUCCACAACAAUGCCCCACAGUUCCGGUUUGUACAUCGUCUCAACGUUGUUUUGAGCAUUGACACAGACAAAACGAAUGAAGAGGACCUCCUGAAGGCCGUAACACAAGCAAAGCUCCUUCUUGAACCAUUGGGCUUCCUUCUCACUGAGUACACAAGCUACGCCGACACAUGUUCCAUCCCCGGCCACUAUGUGCUGUUUUGGGAGCUAAAGAUGAAGGGGAACGGCAACCAGCAGCAGCAGCAGCAGGCAGCUGAGCUGAAUCCGAGCAUAAUGGAGGAAUGCUGCUCUACAGUGGAACAGUCACUUGAUUCCGUGUAUAGGAGAUGCAGAAGCAAAGACAGGUCAAUUGGGCCAUUGGAGAUAAGGGUGGUGCAACAUGGGACAUUUGACGCACUCAUGGAUUUCUGUGUUUCUCAGGGGUCCUCAGUAAAUCAAUACAAGACGCCCAGGUGCAUCAAAUCGGAAAAAACAAUUGAACUAUUAGAUUCAAGGGUGGUGGGCAGGUUCUUCAGUAAGAAAACUCCCCAUUGGGAACCUUACAGAAUGGAGGCCAAAUAAUAAUGUAUGUCUCUCUGCCACAUCACUCUGGCACUUGUUCAGACUCUGUUAAUUUUCUGGUAUGGAUUUGAGAAAUCAUUCGGAUUAGAACUGUAAAAUCUCUCUCUCUCUCUCUCUCUAGAUCUCUGUCAUGAGAUAUAUAUUUGGGUGGAUAAUCUGCUCUGCUGUAGUUGGACAUUUGUUGGAAUGAUGUCAUCAAUGUCCUCCUUGGCUAGUUUACGAGACCUCAUGGGACAAUGAACGACCCACAAAUUUAUAUUUGUACAGUUUAUCGUCGUGGUUUGGCAGCCCCGUCAUGUAGCAUGUGGAUUAAAUUAA